GGAAGCCAUGUUAGGAAGGCAAAAUGGUCGUCAGUCACUGAGCCUCCAUUUGUUGUUUAGUGAUACUUAGUCUUGUGUUGGUAGUUUUAAGUGGUGGAGAAUUUCACUGCGUCAUACAGGAUGGCAGAGUACUAUGACGAUAGUGCACAUUUGUAGAAGAGUUGUACAUUACUGUAAACAUUGAUGACUUAAAAGCAGAGUUGUAUGUAAUUGACGCUUUUCACCCAUAGAUGGCAAUGGUUAUCUUUGGGCUCCUGUAGAAGUGAAGUACUGUACUGUAUUGCAUAUUGGUUCGUAUGUUUACUACAUUGUUGUUCAUUAUUAUAAGGGGGGAAUUUGCAUUUGCAGAGUCUGCACAUGGACUGAGGAAGCUCAUUAAUUAGUCAUGACUGCAUAAAAUUAGAAGGUUGUGUGAGUAAAUUUUGUAUCUGUACCCAAAAUGCAGUCCGCUUUAAAAAGGAUGGUGACGCCUUGGUUAGAGUAUCCAGCGUUGAUACGUUGUUGAUUGUUCAUGAAACUGUCAUUUAAUGCCCUUUGAAUAAGAUGGUGCAUCGCAGUGUACUUUAAAAAUAAUAAUUAACAAGAUACAAGAUGUCCAUCUGUUCUUUGCAAUCACUAUGUAGCUUGUUUUGAAGCAGUUAUGGUUUUUCACAAUUAAACAUAUACUUCUGUGUUUGUGCUGUCACUUGAAUUUAGAUGUUAGGUGUGAAAAUAGAAGAUAUCAUUUGAAUGACGAAGGGCAAGAUGUCAGGGAGUUUUAAGAGAAGUGGUUAAGUACUACAUUACCAUCUCAUCCACAGAUACAGUACAUAUUCCAUCACAGAGGCCACAAAUCUUACAAGAAUAAGCCUAAUCAUGACAACACACAUAAACAGGUAUCAAUGACAAUCAAUAAUAAUAAUAAUAAUCAAUAAUGACAAGGAGAAAUACACACGUGUAAAUGACAAUAAAAUUGAGACUAAUUUGAAUGAAAUUAUGAACCAUGUGACUCUUUUCACGUUUAGAAGGGAGCAUUUUUAACUGGACAGUAUUCUGUUUUUUAUUUUUUAGUCUCUCAGGAGUUGCGUCUGUCUCGAAGAAGAGGCCUAAUCUCCUGCACACCUGUUAUAUCUGUGCCAAGCUAUUAAUACAUCUCCGGAUUGGCCUUGUGGGUUGAAAAGAGGAUCUCCAGGUUGUCACUCGGAAGACUAGACUAGCAUACGUGCAUCCUGUACCAUUGGAUGCCAAAUGGUCCGCAGAAGUUAUUUACCGUAUCUCAUCUAAUGAUCCCACAGGCAGCAACCAGAGUGAAAAGUAGACCGAUUUUAUCAGAUGGCAGAUAGUGAAGAAGAAUUCAAGUUUGUUUUAUUUGCAAUGGAUAGGGACUAAGUUGAAAUACUUAUUCAUCUUUUCUUUCUGGAAUAUUUCUAAUCAUUGCUCAAGGAAGCCCGUCGACACGUGGAUACAGCUUGACCACCUUCACUGCCUGAACUCAUGCAAUACAUAUCAUGUCAGUCUUGACAUGUUGACAGCUGACAGCUCCAAAAAGUUUAUCCAACAAGUUGACUCCAUUACCAACUAACAGAAGAUCUCGAUGCAUCCUUCAAUCCACCGGGAGUUCUGAAUGCAGAUUAAUGUUGGUAUAUGGAGAUCAGCGCAGCCUUGGAUCCAUUGUGCAAUCAGAAUCCGCCUGGGCAGCCAGCCUAUGUGACGGAGAAGCUCCAACCCACAAAUUACUCACUGAUUUUACUUAUUCAGCUCAGCCUGCUCUCCUUUGACCUGUUCGUCAACUCAUUCAGUGAGCUGCUGAGAGAUGAACAAGCAGUCCAGCUGGUACUUUUCGUAAUUCAGGACAUUGGGAUCUUGUUCAACCUCAUCAUCAUUAUCUUGAUGCUGUUUAACACCUACGUGUUCCAGGUUGGUCUGGUAGCCAUAUUGCUGGAGAGAUUUAGAGCUUUACUCCUGCUCUCCACACUCUAUUUGACCUUCAGUGUAACACUCCAUUCCUGGUUCAUGAAUCUCCGAUGGCUAAAUACCAACCGAUUUAUUUGGACAGAUGGCCUUCUGGUGUUGUUUUUGCUCCAAAGAGCCGCUUCUGUGUUGUACUACUACUUCUACAAGAGGACCUCGGAGUAUUUGGGUGACCCCCGCCUCUAUGAGGAUUCACCAUGGCUGCGAGAGGUCUUUGCACAUGACAGGCAGUGAGGCCCCCUAAGAAUGAUUAGCAAAAGGCAAGAGAUGGUGUAAAAUCCACUACAUGUUGGACCAUGUGGCAAAAAAACAAAAUAAAAUAAACACAUACACACACAUGCACAUUCCUGUGAAAUGCGCCUUAAAGCAGAUCGAUAUGUAUUGUUCGUUUUACAGGAAUGUCCAUCCAUUUAUUUUUUUUUGCAUAUUUGUUCAAAAGUUGCUUUAUUUUUCCAAGAAUAUUAAAUACAUUGCUGACCUGUCUCUCCUUACUUAUCCGUAGACUGAAAUUGCCACAUCACACAGGAAUCAUGGUAGUGAAAAAUGUCAUUCCCACGUGCCAAAAUUCUCGAGUUGUUUUUCAAGUUUGAAUGUUGAGAAUUCUGAACAGAGUAUUUAGUAGUUUAAGAUUCACCACAUUGUUAUGCAGCAUCUUCUAAAGGCUGCAUGUAUUUCCAUUGAUUUAAAAACACUUCAGAUUGUGUAUUUUGCUGUGUGUUGUUUUAACAAUUUAACUUUCUUGGUAACCACUUGAAAACUCAGCUGCAUUUAAACAGUUUUCCCAUCAUGUUUAACUUCAAACAUUUUUUCUUCAGUUCCUUUUUAACCUCCAUGCUCAUGUAUGAAUUCACAGUGAUGCACUCCAAAAUAAUUGCAAGUCCUGACUCGACACUCCAUAAACAGAAUUAUGUAGAACUAAUUCUGCAGGACUGAUAAUUUGUCAUUCAACUUUUUAAAGAUAAUUUAAUUUUUUUUGUCAGCUCUCAACUGAUUAUGCUUUAUAUUAUCUGACUAAUUAGCAUGAGGCGGCACAGUGGUGCGACUGGUUAGACCGUGGGCCUCACAGUUCUGAGGACUGGGUUCAAAUGGCUCCCCAACCUGCAUGGAGUUUGUAUGUUCUCCCCAUGCCGGACUGGGUUUUCUCUAGGCACUCCGGUUUCCUCCCACAUCCCAAAAACACACAACAUUAAUUGGACACUCUGUAAAUUAUCCCUAGGUGUGAUUGUGUAACUGUUGCUCAUCUCUAUGUUCCCUGCGAUUGACUGACAACCCGUUUUGGGUGUACUCCGCCUCCUGCCCGAUGACAGCUGGGAUUGGCUCCAGCA